AUUCUCUCCUUGAAUAUAAUAUUGACUCAAAUUUGUUCACACUCUUUUUUGGACAAGAGAUGCUAUAAAUCUGUCCUUCAAUUACUAGUUCAAACCAUAGCAAAAAUGAGUUCUUUCUUAUCAUCUUCUAGAUCAAAGUUCUUCAUCAAUUUUAAGCUGCAUUUUAGCUUGUUUCUGGUACUAAUUGGAGCCGCUUCAGCUCAACUAACACCAAAUUUCUACUCAACUUCGUGUCCUAAUGCACUCUCAACAAUUCAAUCUGCUGUUCAAUCUGCUGUGAGGAAUGAGUCUCGUAUGGGAGCAUCUUUGCUUCGGCUUCAUUUCCAUGAUUGCUUCGUUAAUGGAUGUGAUGGUUCAAUUUUGCUCGACGACACUGCAAAUUUCACCGGCGAAAAAACAGCAGUGCCGAACCUAAAUUCAGUGAGGGGUUUUGAGGUGAUCGACACCAUUAAAUCACAACUUGAGAAUGUAUGUGCUGGUGUUGUGUCUUGUGCUGAUAUUUUAGCUGUUGCUGCUAGAGACUCUGUGGUUGCGCUUGGUGGACAAAAUUAUACAGUGCAACUUGGAAGAAGAGAUUCGAGAACAGCAAACAUAAGUUUAGCUAAUUCCAAUCUUCCUGCUCCAACUUUGAAUCUUAACCAGCUCAUUUCUUUGUUCUCUAACCAUGGCUUUAAUACCCAAGAGUUGGUGGCUUUGUCAGGUGCUCACACUAUAGGGCAAGCAAGAUGCACAACAUUCCGAUCACGAAUCUACAACGAGACAAACAUAAACUCAACAUUUGCCUCUUCAAUGCAAUCAAAUUGCCCUCGUACCGGAGGUGAUAACAACACCUCACCACUUGAUACCACACCAACAUCGUUCGACAAUGCCUACUUCACCGACUUGUUAAGCUUAAAAGGUCUUCUUCAUUCCGACCAACAAUUGUUUACCGGGAAUGGUACCGGAUCCACGGACUCUCAAGUCUCGUCUUAUAGUUCCAAUUCAUCGGCUUUCUUCACGGAUUUCUCUAAUGCAAUGAUAAAGAUGGGUAACUUGAGCGUUCUUACCGGCACAAAUGGUGAAGUUAGAACUAAUUGUAGGAAGAUCAAUGGUGCUAGCUUGAACUUGAUUGACAAUAAAAUUGUCGAUUUGAUCACUACUCUUCUCGAUAUGUAAGCAAACACAAUUGCUUGAGAUAGAUUCUAUUGAAAUAAGGAGGAAUAGUAUGAAAUGCUUUGUAAUUUUGCAAUGAUUUUGGUUUGGGUGAUGAUAAAGGUCGCAAGUUGCGACAAUAUUUAGUUGUCGCAAUCUUAUGUGUCACAGUUUAAUUGGUACAUAUAGGCGCCACGUAGGCUAUGUGUCAUCCGAAUAUUUUUACUACCAAUGUAAUAUUUUUACUAUGAAAAUAUGUAAAUAAGGUAGUCGAUAUAAAAAAGGAAACAAAUUAGAAUAUUAA